AUGGAGUUUCUGGGAGGUUCGACGUUUGGAGUUGGUAGCUCGGCGCAGGAUAAGGCUGUACCGGCGGCUCUGUUUUUGACGGAGGAAUCUGGUCGCGGAGGAAGCCGGAUCGGGUUAAGGAGAUGCGGUAGGUCUCCGCCGGUGGAGGUAUCGGAGAGCUCUUCGUCGGUUGGAGAAAGCAGCGAGAAGGAGGAGGAGGAAGACGACGCAGCUUCGUCACAAGGAAGAUGGCUUGAUUCGUUCGGUUCCUCUCUUGAAGAUUCUCUUCCGAUUAAACGAGGACUAUCGAACCAUUACAUUGGGAAAUCGAAAUCAUUUGGGAAUUUAAUGGAAGCGAGCAAAGCCAAGGAUCUGGAGAAAGUGGAGAGUCCAGUGAACAAGAGGAGAAGGUUACUUAUUGCUAACAAGCUAAGGAGAAGAUCAUCUUUAUCCUCUUUCAGCAUCUACUCCAAGACUAUCCCUAAUUCCAUGCCUUUACUUGCAUUGCAAGAAUCUGACGAAGAGGAUCACAAGUACAAUUAUGAUAACGAUGAUGAUGAUGACAGUAGUGAUGAGGAAACAACAAGUAGACUGCAAGAGAAGAGGAUGAAGAUGACGAAUAAUAGUAGUAGAGAUUUUAUGGUUCCAACACAGAGCUGUUUUUGCUUAACUAGUAGUUUUCAAGAUGAUGAUCGAUAA